UCAGCUGAGCUUACUCGGCUAAGACAACUUCUUCGACCGCCGCCUAUGCCGGGCGUGGACGCUUGGGGGAUCCCGUCGGAGCCGGAUACACCGUGUGAUGAGACAAUAAAGGCGAAGAUUACUUCUUUUCUGGCGCUGAAGCGCGACUCGCACAACCCACGGCACUUCAAUGAUUCGCUCAUGUCCAACCGUGCAUUUCGCAACCCGCACCUGUACGCAAAGCUUGUCGAGUUUGUUGACGUGGACGAACGCACCACCAAUUUCCCGAAACGGGUUUGGGAUCCCAUGGAUGUGAAAGAGGAGUGGUUCGCAGACCAAAUAGCCGAUGCGCAGAAAGUCCGUUCUGAAGCGACUGCAGCCACCCAAUCUUCCACCGGCAAGCGCUCGCAUAUCGAGUUCGCUGCGGCACACAUGACUGCGUCCUCUUCCGCACAACAACUUCGCCAGUCGACUUCUGAAGGCAAACCUGCUCGGUACCAGCCUUACAACGUCCCCCCUCGCGGCGGAGCCGCACAAAAAGGCCCAGGCGAGCGUGUGCUGGGAGGUGGCAGAGGCAAAAGCCGUUGGGGAUAA